GUCACCACGGAAUAGUCGCACUAUCUUUGACGCUGGGAGAUCAGCUGGUCGAGGAUCCCUCCUGCGUUUUUGCAGUCAGGCAUAUAUACCUGCGACUGUGAAGUUCGGCUAGCAACUCUGAGGCAUACGAUAAUGAAUGGCGCCGAGGGAAAAAGUCGGCAGCUGGAACUCGUCGCUGCCAUACGAAACGUUCACGAAGAGCUGCGUUACAAAGUUCAGAAAGAUCCGGAUUCCUAUCUGAAAAUAUGGGAAGAACACAACGCGGAUCCCGUGCGUUCGAAAUAUGCCUCAGCCAUGCACUCCCUGGCGACAGAGGUGUGGGCCUCUAAAUCCGCAGGAGGGGACAGAAUCGAAAUCAUCGGGAACGUGAUCAUGAACUACUUCAUGGGAGGAGGCUUACAGAAAGUUUUCCGGAGAAUGCACCGGAAGUAUUCCUCGAUCUCCAGCGCACCUGAGAAGGUGGAUCGCUUCGGAAGCUUUCCCGAGAAUGAGCUGAAAGUUCUGGACGUAGGAAGCUGUUACAACCCCUUCGCGAGGUUCAAAUUCGAUGUCACAGCGAUAGAUCUCUGCCCAGCGACCCAGGGAGUUUUCCAAUGUGAUUUCAUCAAUGUUCCUCUCGGGAAUGAAUUCGUCGUGUCCGAGAAUUGCAUCAAGUGUCUCCCAUCGAAUUACUUCCACGCGGUGAUAUUCAGUCUCCUGCUGGAGUAUCUGCCGGACUCUAGAUUGAGACUCUCCGCCGUGCACCGAGCGUAUCGAGUGCUCAGAGACGAUGGUAUUUUGGUUGUGGUCACGCCCGACUCGAAGCAUCAGCAGAAGAAUCAGGAUAUGGUCAAAAGCUGGCGGAACGCGUUGUCCCAACUGGGAUUCGACAGGAUUUCUUAUGCCAAACACGACCACCUCCAUUGUUUAGCUUUUCGCAAACUUUGUAGGAUUUCGAGGACAAUCAUGAGUCUCAAAAACCUUUGUGAGCACAGCUUUGAUGAGAUGUGCGAAUGCUGUACGGACAGACUCUCGCCGAUGCUUUUCAUACAUCAAGACAAGCUAGACUACCUUUCAAAGUUCGAGCCGGACCCGAUACGCGAGCGCUCAAGCGAAGAACAAGAGCAUGACGCUCUGAUGUUCAACGAGCUUCCGGGAUCGUGA